UUGUUAUUUUCUAUAGUGAACUCGAACCGGCAGUCUUAUAUAUCACCAGACAACCCUGAGGAUUUUGAGUCUCGUAAGGCCCAAAAAGAGGUAUAUGAGCAGGGUAUUGCCCUUUUCAAUCAGGGCCGUUCAGCAAAAUGCUUUGCCUUGUUGCAGCAUAAUGAUUUGCUUGGUGAAGGUCCUGAAGAGAUUGCAGCAUUCCUCCAUCGUGAAGACCGUCUUGAUCGAGCUCAUAUAGGCGAGUUUCUUGGAGAAAAUGAGGCCUUUCACUUGGAAGUGAUGUAUGCUUAUGUGGAUCAAUUCCGAUUUGAGAAUAUUGAGUUUGUCUCAGCUCUUCGAGAAUUUCUAUCUGGCUUUCGCUUACCUGGAGAGGCCCAGAAAAUUGAUCGCCUUAUGGAGAAGUUUGCUGCCCGCUACUGUGCUGCCAACCAGGGAAAUAGCAUCUUUGCUUCCGCCGACGCCGCAUACGUAUUGGCAUUUUCCAUUAUAAUGCUCACCACAGAUCUGCAUAGUUCACAAAUUAAACAAACACAUCGAAUGUCUAAGGUGAAUCUUUGUUUCCGAUUUGAGUAUUAA